UACAUUUGUCGCUUGGCUGUUAAAAUAUUUUAUAUUGGAUUUCUCUUUAAUAUCCUGAAGUCUUGGACAUGAACAAGAUAAACCAGACAUUUGUGAGAGAAUUCAUUCUUCUGGGACUUUCUGGUUAUCCAAAACUCGAGAUCAUUUUCUUUGCUCUGAUUCUAGUCAUGUACCUAGUGAUUCUAAUUGGCAACGGUGUUCUGAUUAUAGCAAGCAUCUUUGAUUCUCGUCUUCACACUCCCAUGUACUUCUUCCUGGGCAACCUUUCUUUCCUGGAUAUCUGUUACACAUCCUCCUCUGUACCCUCAACACUGGUGAGCUUGAUCUCAAAGAAAAGAAACAUUUCCUUCUCUGGAUGUGCAGUGCAGAUGUUCUUUGGGUUUGCAAUGGGGUCAACGGAAUGUUUCCUUCUUGGCAUGAUGGCAUUUGACCGCUAUGUGGCCAUCUGCAACCCUCUGAGAUACCCCAUGAUCAUGAGCAAGGUGGUAUAUGUCCUGAUGGCUUCUGUGUCAUGGUUGUCUGGUGGAAUCAAUUCAAUUGUGCAAACAUCACUUGCCAUGAGAUUGCCUUUCUGUGGAAAUAACAUUAUCAAUCAUUUUUUAUGUGAGAUCUUAGCUGUCCUCAAGCUAGCUUGUGCUGAUAUAUCCCUCAACAUUGUUACCCUAGCUGUGUCAAACAUUGCUUUCCUAAUUCUUCCAUUACUGGUCAUUUUUUUCUCCUAUAUGUUCAUCCUUUAUACCAUCUUGAGAAUAAACUCAGCUGCAGGGAGACGCAAGGCCUUUUCUACCUGCUCAGCUCACCUGACUGUGGUGAUCAUAUUUUAUGGUACCAUCUUUUUUAUGUAUGCAAAACCCAAGUCCAAAGACCUGAUUGGUAAAGACCAUUUGCAAGCUACAGAAGGUCUUGUAUCCAUGUUUUAUGGUGUAGUAACCCCAAUGUUAAAUCCUAUAAUCUACAGCUUAAGAAAUAAAGAUGUAAAAGCGGCUAUGAAAUACUUGCUGAGGAGAAAAGCUGUUAAACACUAA